UUCAGUUGGAAAAAGAACCCUUUUUUUUAACUGAAAGUAAGGGACUUUAGAGAUGCACCCAUUUCUAUGCCUACGCUUGUUUUCACUUUAAUUCUAACUGUGUGACAAUUUCAAGGGUGGAGUCCAAAAUGGAGAAGCUAGUGAGGUUCAACAACAAUGGCAGCACAGAUAUGGAGGAGCCACUGCCAGUUUACAAAGCAACACUCCCUUUGUUGAAAACUGAAGGAGGUCAUAGUGAUAGAAAUAGUAGUGGUGGUACUAAUAAUAAUAAUUGUAGAAUUCCCAAAUUUGGGAAGUUCAAGGUUUUUCCAGAGGAUUAUAAGGCAAGGAGGGAGGGAAUUCUGGAUCCCGGUAGCGAAAACUACUUGAAAUGGAACAGGAUUUUUCUCUUCUGGUGCUUGGUAGCUCUAUUCGUUGAUCCAUUGUUUUUCUACUUGCCUUCAGUCAUCAACAAUGACCAUACAUCUUGUAUGGAUGCUGAUCAGAAUCUAGGAAUUGUGGUGACAUGUUUUCGAACGCUCGCCGAUGCCUUCUACGCGUUGCAUAUAAUCAUCAAGUUCCGAACCGCUUACGUGUCGCCUAACUCCAGAGUAUUCGGGAGGGGUGAACUCGUUACCGACCCUCGUAUGAUUGCCAGCAGGUAUUUGAAAUCGGAUUUCUUCAUAGAUCUACUGGCUGCCCUCCCUCUUCCUCAGAUUGUGAUAUGGUUCAUUAUACCAGCAACUAGGAGUUCCCAUGCUGACUAUACUAAUAAUACACUGGUGCUGAUUGUUCUAGUGCAAUACGUUCCCCGGUUUUAUUUAAUCUUCCCUUUAAGCUCUCAGAUUAUCAAAAGCACCGGAGUCGUCACCAAGACCGCCUGGGCCGGAGCUGCAUAUAAUCUAUUGCUUUACAUGUUAGCCAGCCAUGUUUUAGGGGCACUGUGGUACUUGCUGUCCGUCGAACAACACGUAAUAUGCUUGAAAUCUGAAUGCAGAAAAGAGACUAGCCCUCUGCAAUGCAAUCUUCAAUACUUAGAUUGUGGCACGUUGCAUGACGGUGGUCGCCAGAAAUGGGAAAAUGCUACCGUUGUGUUUACGAAGUGUCAUCCCAGUAAUGACAUCAGCUUCGACUAUGGGAUUUUCGAAAUUGCUUUGACUAAGCAAGUUCUCUCUUCAGACUUCCCUCAGAAGUAUUUCUAUUGUCUUUGGUGGGGAUUGCAGAAUUUGAGCUCCUAUGGACAGGCAUUAGAUGCAAGUACAUUUGUGUGGGAAACCUUGUUUGCCAUACUGAUUUCCAUCAUGGGUCUAGUUCUAUUUGCGCAUUUAAUCGGAAAUAUGCAGACAUACCUACAAUCAAUCACUGUGAGACUUGAGGAAUGGAGGCUCAAGCGACGAGACACUGAAGAAUGGAUGAGGCAUCGCCAACUCCCUGAAGAUCUGCGAGAACGUGUUCAGCGUUUCGUUCAUUAUAAAUGGCUUGCAACUCGAGGUGUGGAUGAAGAAUCAAUAGUACGGGCAUUACCUCCUGAUCUGCGUCGAGAUAUCCAACGCCAUCUAUGUUUGGACCUUGUCCGGCGUGUCCCCAUUUUCUCACAAAUGGAUGAUCAGCUGCUGGAUGCCAUAUGUGAGCGCUUAGUAUCCUCCUUAAAUACUCAAGGAACCUACAUAGUUCGGGAAGGCGACCCUGUCACGGAGAUGCUCUUUAUUAUCCGAGGAAAGCUAGAGAGUUGUACGACAAACGGAGGCCGGACCGGAUUCUUCAAUUCGAUCACUCUUAGACCAGGUGAUUUUUGUGGUGAGGAGCUACUUUCUUGGGCUCUCCUUCCUAAAUCUUCCUCGAACUUGCCUUCGUCUACGAGAACGGUAAGAGCAUUAGUCGAGGUAGAGGCCUUUGUAUUGAGAGCAGAAGAUCUCAAAUUCGUCGCCAAUCAGUUCCGACGUCUCCAUAGCAAGAAGCUGCAACACACGUUUAGGUACCAUUCUUAUCAAUGGAGGACAUGGGGUGCAUGCUUUAUUCAAGCGGCUUGGCGUCGAUAUAUGAAGAGAAUGAUGGCCAGAAACCUUAGCAUGAUGGAGUAUGAUGAAACACAAGAGGAAGAAAACGGUCUCGUCGCGUCUUCGACAUCUAACCGCGCAAGACAGAAUUUAGGUGUGAAGAUACUAGCAUCGAAGUUUGCGGCUAAUACACGGCGAGGGGCUCAGAAGAUGAAGGGUGUUGACAUGCCUAAGUUGCAGAAGCCCCAGGAACCAGACUUCUCAGAAGAGCCAGGUUAUGAGUAAAAUUUACCAAGGAAACUCCAUAUUGCAUAUUAUGAGUA